AAUGGUCUGUUCAAAUUAGUGUCCAAGUAGGAAAAGUCUGCUGAUGGCGAUGCUAGUUCUUGGGGUGUUGGUGUUGGUUCUCGUGGCAGUGUUGCUGCUCGUGACGUUCGUGGCCGUCACGUGGGAGCACGAUCUGGUGCAAAGGUAUUGGGUGCUCUCUUUACUUUAAUCCCCCCCCCCCCUCUAUACCUAAAUGAGCUGCGUGAAUUUUGCUGUUGUCAUGUCGCUGUAGCUACGCUGCGUUGCCAGCCCCUGCUGACCUAGGCACGAAGGAGUUUCGCUGGCGCUGUUGGCUGUCACCGCUUACGCGUCGCGGUUGGCGCACCUCCAUUCUGCGUAGCCCAUGUCCACGUAUCACGUUGCAGUGUCCCUUUGCGUUACUGUCUUCGGAUUUUGCUAAGCUCGCCACCUCGCUGAGUCUGCCGAAGCUGACACUGGAGCAACUGCCAUUCAUGUUUCCACAAGUGGCAGUUAGCAGUUUGUUCCUACAACUUCUGGGAAACUCGAACUUUCCGGUUAGCGUGCGCAACAUUCGUCUUAAAGCUCUUACUGUGGUCCAGCUGAGGCCGCUGGACAUGAGUUUUCCGUCUCAAGGCGAAGAGACGCCACCGCCACCAGAGCUCACGUGCAUCAUGGUUCUGACAGAGAAGCGUUUCCUGGAGUCGGAGAUUGAGUUCAUGGUUCAAACGGACCUGUUCGAUGACCAGGGCACGGUAUGGCAGUCUGUAACCUGGUUUGCGAUCCCGUUCAAGCAAGAGGCACUAUUGGUCCCGGUAUCACAGUCUUCAUUCAACCUGGAUGAAAACAUGGUGACGCGUGCCAACGCGAACCUUCGUGAGGAGUCCUUUGAAUGCUCUGCUAGGAACGUUUCCGAGUUCAGGGAUGUUGGCGUUGUGGAUUUAACAGGUGCGCGCACCAACGAGACCGACUCUGCCCCGCUUAUGUGGAUGCUUGCACGUGCAACGGGCAUGCUUCAGCAGCAACAGCGAGUGCCAGCGCAACCGCUCAUGUGCAGCUGUAUGUUCGGCGAGGAGUUGGCAUCCGUUCCACUCCACAAGAAAUUACAACUACAGUCGUGGACCAAUGAGGAAUGUCCGCAGGAGCAGACACAACCGGAAGUGGCCAAGUUUGCUGUCAAUUCUCAAGACAUGAAUGUCAUGACUGGAAUUCUACGAACUGUCGGGUGGAACUAUUCCAACGCAUCGUGAGGAUAAACUUCGAGAAUGAACCUAGCUUUCUGCAACAUUGUCCAUACCAUCUUGUAAAUUUACUUUCCUUUACUGUAAAAAGACAUUUUUAUCUGUAAAUUUAGCUAACAUCCAAGUUGAAA